UCAGCACGUACCGACACUAAGGCGCACACGUGCUGCGAGCGCAGCUGCAGCCUGUGUCCCUGCGCACAGUGAGCCGGGCACAGCUGGCAGGGUCACCAGACAAGCCACACAGCUCAGGCAAACACACACAAGAAGUUCUGUUUGCAGGGAAAUGCGCCGAUUCCAGCCUCACGCAGAACACACACUUGAUGAAUACAAGCACACCGUGCAGCAGCUGCUGCCAGAACCAGAAAGCGGCUGUAACCAGCGCACUGCAUCACCUGGCCACACCAACGCCAAAAUAAACCAGAAAUCCCUCUCUGGAGAUCCCGUCAAGCUCAGGUUCAUGUGUCGAUAUAGCACCGGGGUACAGAGGGAGGGCACGGUUUCUGAAGAUGUCGGGGCACGCGGGGUUGUAGCCACCCCAUGGUAAGGGUGACUCUGAGCAGACUUUCUGGUCACACAUUUGCUGACAACUGGUGCUGUCCAGAACAGGGGGAUGCACGCACACAGAUCAGAACUACAUGAGAACCCUACAGCUGAGCAUUCUCCUGGAACACUGUCAGGAACCACCCUGGGUUUGUUUGUCCCACGUCUUGAAAGCAGCCAAAUUGUAACGGCACAGCUGAAGUGUCCACACAAACAAAAUGUACCUGUCUGGAUGGAUGUCGUUGUUUUUUGUCCAUUAGAGCAGCAGACGGCAGUGUACCUUCUGACACAGAGCAAAAGCGAGAGAGAAAAGCAACAGCCAAAGUGAUUGACUAACUGGCAACACAUGAGAAUGAGGAAGGAAACACCACACUAACAGAAAAAGUCUCAUCUUUCUACACAUUUCCCCAUUCCUGCGCUGGAGGCUUCUGCGCGAGAGGAGCCGCCGAUGGAGCGGAGGCAGCCGGGGACCCGCGCCUGACAGCUCCCGCCAGCUCCGCGCAGGUACCGGCACGCUCACCGCUCACCGCGGUGACGGGCUGGGGCACCGGGGUUCCCCCUCCGGACACCGCCAGCCUGCGCUGCGCCUCUGUCUCUGAAGUGUUAUCUGGAUCCGUGCUGAGAAAGGAAAAAUCGCGCCUGCUUGCCUGUUUCAAACGAUGGGAGACUUUGCAAACGCGAGCACGGGCGGUAACGGCAGCGGCACCGCCAGCGCCGCGUGUCCCCGGGACACCGCGCUCACCCGCCUGCUCUUCCCCGCGCUCUACACGCUCGUGUUCCUGCUGGGGCUCGUGCUGAACAGCCUGGCCUGCUGGGCCUUCUUCCGCAUCCCGAGCACAUCGACCUUCAUCGUCUACCUGAAAAAUAUCUUAGUUUCUGAUUCUAUAAUGACCCUGAUGCUUCCUCUGAAAAUCCUGGCGGACUCUGGCCUGGGACCGUGGCAGCUCAAGGCCUUCGUGUGCCGCUUCUCGGCCGUGGUGUUUUACGACACCAUGUACAUCAGCAUCGUGCUGCUGGGGCUCAUUGCGUUCGACAGAUUCCUCAAGAUCGUGAGACCGUUCGGCAAGUUCUGGGUGCAAAACCUGCUCUCAGCAAAGAUCCUCGCGGGCCUGGUCUGGCUCUUCUUCCUUGUCCUCUCCCUGCCUAACGUGAUCUUAUCGAACAAGACAGCGACACCCGCGUUGGUGAAGAAGUGCGCCUCGCUGAAGAACCGCUUCGGACUCAAAUGGCAUGAAGCCGUCAAUUACAUCUGUCAGUUCAUCUUCUGGACUGUUCUCAUCCUCAUGCUUCUAUUUUACACAAUUAUUGCCAAAAAGGUAUAUGAGUCUUACAGGAAAACGCAGAAGAAAGACAACAAAAGCGAACGGAGGGUCAAGGGGAAAGUAUUCAUCAUUUUUACUGUGUUUUUCUUGUGCUUCGCCCCGUUCCAUUUCAGCAGAGUUCCCUACACGCUGAGCCAGACGCGCAGCUGGAUGGACUGCCGGCUGCAGAACUGGCUCUUCGUGGCCAAGGAGAGCACGUUGUGGCUGGCGGCCACCAACGUCUGCAUGGACCCCCUCAUCUACCUGCUCCUGUGCAAGCCCUUCCUAGAAAGGGUGCUGUGCGGGAGGGUAAAGACGGCUCACACAAACACAAAAGCCGAACUGGACACACGAACGUCUCCUAAUGAACUCUGAUCCUACAGUCUCUGCAUAUUCAUAGAGAAGUUAAAAAUACCUUGUGCUCCUUCUGCUGUAGAAAAUGGAAGGGCAGUUGUACAGGAAUAUUAAUACUUAAUAAAAAUGGCAA